GUCUGAAAGGCCUGUCGUUAAUUUAGGUUAACACAAACCCAGUAAAGUGAAAAUAUUUAGGAUAUUUUAACGUUAACUUUUAUGUGGAUACGUUAAACUUUACUCGACGGUUAGCUACCGUAACUGGGUGAAAACCAAACGUAACGUAACGGUGGUAACGUCGCUGACCGUUACUUUGUUCGUGGUCGGUAAGAGUAACUUAACUGAGUAAUUUACGACUGUUGACUACACUGCUGACUUCGCUGUCCAGUGCAAUUUUAUAAAGGACUGGGUUUUAAUAGGGACUAGGUCCAUCACAGAGGAGAGAGACAGACAGGAGGGAAAGUCAUUAAAAGCAUCCAGAGCUCCUGUGUCACAUCCGUCAAGACAGAGAAAGCUACAGCACGACCGGAAUAAGCCCGUACCUUUCAACGUAAAAGGCGCAGCUUGUUAUUACAAACUAUCCACGCUGGAAGUCGCCCCCCAUGUGGCCGUCGGGAGUGGGGAGCAGGCAGCCCUGCCCGCGGGAGUCAGCGCUGCGCAGGGCGGCCAUCAGCGGCAACAUCAACGCCCUGCCGCCGAACAGCGUUCCCACCGGCCGCAGCGUCCGGGUCUUCAUCUGUUCCAACCCAGACGACACAGAGGCGGAGAGGAACGCACUGAAAGAGCACGUCUACCCCAAACUACGAGACUUCUGCAGGGAGAACUAUGGGAUUGAAUUCCAGGUGGUGGACCUGUACUGGGGCGUGGACCCAGAAGAGUGGGACAGCCCAGAGCUGCAGCGACUCCGAAUGAAGCUCCUGGAGGAAUGUCUUAAAACCUCAGCAGGACCAUGUUUUGUUGGUCUGGUGGGAGAAAAGUACGGCAGCAUCCGAGUGCCGGGGGAGGUGGAAUCAGCGGAGUUUGAGAUGAUCUUGGAUGCAGCUGUGGAGGCGGGGCUGGACACACACAUCUUGGAAGAGUGGUACUGCAGGGACGAAAACUCUGUGCCACCCGCAUACUACCUCAAACCCAAAGCCCAAAUGCUUAAGAACUAUCAGAACUCAAUGGAGUCGAGCAGCGCAGCCAAGACCAAGAAUGACAAGGCCUGGAGGAAUGUGUCGGAGGAGAUCAAGAGGAUCUUCCGAACAGCGGUGCUGCAGCUUCAGGAGAAGGGGACCAUGAAGAGCGCUCAGGCCAAGAAAUUCCUUUGCUCUGCCUUGGAGGAUGAAUUAGACUUUGCCCUUGGGAAACAAACUCCGGCCUUUCUCAGGAAAUGUGUCUGCUACAUUCGCAAGAUCUCCAACUUUGACCGCUUCGCCAAACUCCCUGAUAUGGGCCGAUAUAUGGACAUCGUGGUUAGUGGUGAUCGCGUCAUGCGCAACCAGGAAGCCUACGAACGCCUUCUGAAGGUCCGGGACGAAUUCAUCCCCACAGUCGUCGCUGCCUCCAACCUCCGUGUCUACUCUUCAGUCACCCACUGCGACAUGAAGUCGGGCUACUCCCAAGAAGUGGAGAGCCACUAUGUAGAAGGUCUGUGUAAACAGUUCUACGAGGACAUGGUGGAUAUCAUCCAAGCCACGGUCCAGCAAAACUUUGACACGGAAAGCGACCCGCUGUACGAUGAGAUCCUGCAGCACCUGUCCCUCUGUAAAAGCUACUCAACGCUUUACGAGUUCAAGACCGAGUCGUUGGAUUACAUACAGGAGUAUCUUCUGCCGUCCAAGGGGAGCAGAACGAGCCCUCUGGUGGUGUACGGGGGACCUUGCACUGGGAAGACACUGCUGCUGUCUGAGGUGGCCAAACAGGCCUACACAUGGCUGCAGAAAGAAAUGGGCCCUGAAACCGACCCAGUGGUCAUUGUCCGUUUUAUUGGCUCCAGCCCGCUCUCCAUAGACCUACGCACCCUCCUCCAGAGCAUUUGUGAACAGAUUGCACUAAACUACCGCUGCCUGAUUCACUUUUUGCCUAACAAGAUCCAGGAGAUGAAGGAACUGUUGAUCAACCUUCUAGGGGAAUCUUCAUUCCACAGGCCCUUGGUAAUUGUCCUGGAUGCCCUGGAGCAGCUCUCAGAUGGCGAUGACGUUCGCAAGCUGUGGUGGCUCCCCAUACACCUGCCUCGGACAGUCCGCAUUGUAGUCUCAACAUUACCCAAUAAACAUGGCAUCCUGCAGAAGCUUAGACACCUCAUCCAUGAUGAGAGGUAUUAUGUCGAAUUAGUCCAGAGGGAUCGCAAGGUCUGCAGCCAAACAUUAAAACAGCAGUUGCUGGGGGUGAAGAGAAAGGUCACCUCAGGCCAGCAGAUCUAUGUCAAUGAGGCACUUGCUAAGUGUACGUUGCCAAUGUUUGUCAACCUCAUCUACAGAGAAGUAGUUCAUUGGAGGUCUCACAAAGAUGUGGAUGACAGGUCCCUGUGCUCCACAGUGCAUGAAAGCAUAGAACAGCUGUUCUACUCAGUGGAGAACAAGUUGGGCCAACGAUUUGUCUUCAGAGCCUUAGGUUAUAUCACCAUGGCCAAGGCUGGGCUAACUGAGGUCGAACUGGAAGAUAUUCUGUCCCUUGAUAAUAUAGUCCUCGGUGAUGUCAUUGUGGCAACCUACCUCAAAAACCCCUUGAGGAUCUCUUAUGAUUUAGUUGCCAGGCUCAAAGAGGAGCUGGAUGGUUAUCUGGUGGAACGUCAGGUACGCAACGUCACCUUGAUGGUCUGGGCCAACAGACACCUGCAUCUCAUUGCUCAGAAGCUAUAUCUUAGCAAUGAGGAGGACGUCCAUCAAAUGCACAGCCUCCUAGCUGAGUACUUCCUGGGGGCAUGGUCAGGUGGCAGGAAGAAGAUCUUCACUUACGAUAACAACCAUUUCACCUCCCUGAAUAUAUCUCAUCACAAAAAUCCCCACCAACAGCAAGGCCAUGAAAAAACGUCCUCUGACAAGUACUCGUAUGACAGGCAGACUCCUGAACAGCCUUGGGUGUUCCAGUGCAACCUUUUGGAGCCCGACAUUUUCUUUGUCAACCACAGGAAGAUGACAGAGCUGGUGUACCACCUAACCAGGAGUGGGCGCACUGAUGACCUCAUGUUUGGUGUCAUCAUGAACUUCAGCUGGCUGUACACAAUGAUCAAGAUUGGCCAGUUUGAAAAGGCUUUAACAGACAUUGAUCUAGCUUACAGCUACACCCAGGAAAAAGAACUGAAGUUCCUGGCCGCCACUCUUCGUAGCAUCAAGGUCAAAGUGCUAAAGAACCCAGCGUCGCUGUCUGCAGAGCUGCAGCAAAGGCUUCUGCCAGUUGUCACCUCCCUUCCCAAGCUCAGACACCUCCUCUUGGAGUGUGACAAAGAUGGCCCGAAGUACUGCUCCAUUGUGCCUCUCCAUUCCUCUAUGGACGUCACCUACAGUCCAGAGAGGCUUCCUCUGUGCUCCAGCUACAUGCAAAUUGUGGAGAUCCUGCCUACUUUAGCUCCAAACAUAGUCCUUGUAGCCCUGGAAGAUGGGUCUGUUAGCACCUGGGAUGUAGAGAGCAGACAACUUCUAAGACAGAUUGACACAGCCAGAUCCGUCGUGCUGGGAAUCAGGCUAACCACCGAUGAAAAGUAUCUGGUAGUGGCCACAACCAAAAACACGCUACUCAUAUAUGAUAAUCACAAGUCCUGCCUUUUAUCUGAGGUUGAAAUCAAGGGGUCCAAGCAUGGUGGUGUCACUGGUGGGGUGACCUUCAUCAAUGGCUUUACUUUGUCCACCCACCAUGCUUUGGCUUGGCUUGAGGCUAGUAAAGAUGUCAACGUUAUUGACCUUCUCUACGGUUGGCCCCUUUACCAGUUCCAUUGCUGGUAUGAGGUGACUUGUGUCCAGUGCUCUCCAGAUGGAAUGUAUGCCUUCUGUGGCCAGUACCUCAACACUGCAUCCAUCUUUCAUCUGGGAAAUGGGGACAAGUUGGCCACUGUGACCUCCGAGUUUUCGGGGGGAUUUGUAAAGUCCAUUCUAGUUCUGGACACUCUUAACCAAAUGGUGAUGAUUGACAAUGAAGGCAGUUUGUCAGUGUGGAACACCAAAGAGAUCACCAACCCACGGCUGAUGGAGGAUUAUGAUUGUAGAGGGGAUGAUAGUGAAGUGGUAGGCAUUGAGUUAUCUGAAGACCAGCGCUCCAUUCUCCUUUGCAAAGCCAGAAGCAUUGAGGUUCUCGACACUAAAGUAUGGAAAAUGGUCGAGAAGUUCAAAGCCAAACGUACUGAACGCUUUGUGGCUGCUGUUCUCUCCAAGAAUGGACAAAGCAUCGUGGCCUCCAUGGAGAACACCUCCUCCAUCUUUGUCUGGAGGAGGGACAGUGGACAGUGCAUGGCUAGCCUGAUUGAGAUCUCAGGGGCUAUCGUCAAACUCAUUAAAUCAGCCCAUCACAACCUGCUCCUUUCUGUUGCCAGCAGUGGAGUCCUGUCUGUUUGGGACAUUGAUAUUAUCACCGCCAUGUCCAAUAUUGACAAAACAGGGAAGAAGAUCCAGAUCUUGCAGCUGUCUGGCCGAGAAGAUUAUGUGUUUACCAUGGACGGUUCAGAAGCUGUUCACAAGUGGAACUUCAGCACUGGCUUUAUUGAGACAGUCUUUAAGCACGAGGGCAUAGUGGAGAACUGUGUCCUAACCUCCUCAGGGGAUCUCAUGGUGACUUCAGAUGACAAGUCCAGUCAGUACAUCUGGCAAACUACUACUGGAGAAAAUAUCUUCCGCAUCAAUGGACAGAAAAUAUCACAGCUGCUUAUCACCCACAACGACCAGUUUGUGGUGUCCCUCUGUGAGCAAAACGCCUCCAGAGUCUGGAGGCUCGCGACUGGGCACAAAGUGUGCAACAUUUUAGUCACCCUCCAGAGUGCAUUGAUCACCACAGCAAACACUUUCCUUGUUGGAACCACCAAAAACAAGCUCCUUGCUGUCAGCCUGUGGUCAGGCAGUGUAUCCAAGAAGUUUGUCUGUGAUGAUGGCAUUAGCAUCGUCAACUUCAAGCUCAUUCCUGACUGCCCUGACUGUGUGGUGUUUAUCACCUCCACAGAGACUGUCUUCAUCUGGAGUGUGGCAGAUGAGUCAGUUUGCAGGCGAGUCCAGCUGCCAACCAACUUCCUCAAAAAUCUAGAGGACUUCCAGAUCUCACCCAAUGGGAAACUAGGAAUUGUCUCCAAAGGUGACGAAAAUAUUAAUGUCCUGGAUCUUCACAGUGGGAAGCUGAGGCUUGUCCAUGCUGCUGGUAUCAUUUGGCGUCAGAAGUUAUCAAGAGAUGGACGUUAUCUAGUGUAUAUCUGUUUCCGGAACUCUGAUGAAGACGACGAGGCUGGUGUUGUGUCCAAUCUGAUCGUGAUGCGGCUCGCUGAUGGUAAGAGCAUCGGCACAUGCUCCCUAUACAAGACACCCACCUACCUGUCUCUCUGCCAGCGAGCACUAAACAUCAUCAUUGGCUUUGAAGACGGCAGCAUCGGCACUUACACAGUAGUGGAUCGGGUGGAUGCUGCCCUCAAGAUAAAGAUAGCCACCUCCAACAGCCGACAGAUUGUCAACAAUGCCUCGCAGAAGGUGCGGCCCAAAUGUGGCAACCAUUCCUUUAAGAGCGUCGCCGACUGCAUUUGGAGGGAGUCAACAGAGGUCUUCUCCAGGGACAGCCCUAUCAACGUGUCUGACUCUGGUGAAGGUGAGUCGACCACACCUACGAAAAAGACUGAACUGCUGCAGUGAUAGGUGGAGAUCAGAGAUGGGGGUAGGAGUUACGAGAGGCAGGUGGAGAAAGGUGACGAAUCUCUGGGGUCGCAGUUGAUUCUUGUUUACAGCCACGUGAUUCAGCUGCAGAUGUCAGCCCUCUGGGUAGUUAACGGGCCGACCAUUUUAACGCUGCACUCCAAUGAUGUAUUACUUACUUCCAACUUAUGAUAUAGUGUCUCUUUGUUUUACACACAAAGACUGUUAGAAAAAUACUGUGUUUUUGAAAAGAAAGAAAAAUUCUGUGAGGUAUUAGUUUGCCAUUAUGUGUCCUUUUGCAUUUGAAGAACAAAGUUAUUAUUCAAAUGUCUUGGUCAAACAUUCUCAAAGCCAUUCCAGUGAUGUUUUCAUUGUACACUAUCUUUAUUUACAUUGUUCACAUUAAGCCAUAAUGUUGUUCUUUAAAAAAAGAGUGUAUUUAUGUUUGUAUCAACAUCAGUCGGUACUGUACAAAAAGGAUGAACUAUGAACAUAUGUACAUACCCCUUUCUUGGCUGCUGCAAUUUGUGCAACUCCUUAAAAAUGUUAUGUUGUGCUUAAUGCAAUCAAAGUGAGUGCCUGGAAUUUAAAAUGUUCUUUAUGUGCAGAUUUGUGAAAAUGCAGGGAAUUUGUAAACACAGUAUACACACAGUAACAUGAUACUUGCAUUGAUCUUAACGAUCAGUGCACUGAAAUCCAGUCAACAACACGGGAGGUCGAUGGCAUUGCUCUGAUGUUGCAAUGAUAGUCGUUGAAAUUUUUUGAAACAGUUUACGUGAAUUUACCUGCCAUUCCAUCAAUGUGUGUGUUGUUUGUGUUAAGGGAAACACCACUAUUGAGCAUAUAGUGUAGCAUAGCACCAUACACAUUCACGCCUUAACCAGUGUACUUGCUUUAGGAUUUAAUGGUUCAAACGUUCCAGUAGAAAAGGGCAGAGUGAUUAGCCCAGUGUUUCAUUGAAACAACGUGGCCAUGUGAAUUUAUUUAGAGGUUUAGACUGUAGGUGGAAGCACUUUAUGGGUGGUUUGUGAGAAAUUAGUAGAUGUAUUCAUAUGAAACAUUGUAUAAAUUGUUUAAAGUCUAAUUUAGAGUUGUCUUACAAUAGGUGUUGGAUUUGCCUACAAAAAUACACAGGGCCAUCCAGGUACUUGCAGGCUACAGCUAACUCACUUGAACGCUUCAGUCUCUAUAUACACCUGGUGUCAGUACUUAAUUAAGAUGUCGUCAUUUUAACAACUUGCAGCAAAGAUUAAAUAAGGGUCUAUACGUUUUUGAGCUUGUGAAAUAUUAAUUUCAAAACAUUUGGUUGUAUAUCAGCCUUUGUAAACAUGUGAAAAACUUAAAGAAAAAGUCAAGAUUCUGAAUGUGCAGGAAAAAAAGUAGUUACAAAGAAAAUCUGAGACCAAAAAAAAUGCGCCCACAAAUUGUAUCAGCGGUAAAGCAGAUAAUGGUCAAAACAAAAAAUUACAGAUUAACUGACGUUUAAGUUACAAAUAUGAAUUUUGACCCUGCUUUUACAGACAGAAUCAUGGUCAAACUUUACACUUUUACUUUUUUUCAGAUUUACUUGUCUUUAAACUUUCUACUUUGAAUCUGCACUAAGAUGUUCACAAAAGCAGUUCUUUUUUCUUAGUCUUUGAGUUAACUAUAUUAUUUUUGCACAAAUCUUAUUCAGACAUUCAGAGUUUUUUUUUCUACAAAUACAACAUUUGAAUUUCUCAGGCAGUGUUUUACGCUCCCAUGGCUUUCAUACAGCCGCAGGGUUUGAAAUUCUUUCGUAACAUUAUUUCACAAGCUCUAAAUCGUUUUGACCCUUUUGUGAUCUCCCAGAAAUCUAACUCUGGUAACAUUGUGUCAGGCUGAAAUAAAAGCUGUUAAGAUCUGGUUCGCUGACAGUCUAAAAGAAUAGAAGAGUUAUGUAUGAGCUAUUCUAUGAUGUUGCACCUUGCAGGUACCGUGAUCGCCUUUUUAAGCAUGUCUGUAAUAACCUAAAACGCUGUUUGGAGCUAUGACAAGACCAAUCAUCUGCCAGGCAUGAUUGAAAACCACACACUGACAUAUACUUUUAAGGGCUAUUCCAUCUUAUCUUGUUUACUAGUUCUGAACUGUUGAGACAAUGGCCCUUGGAUAAUUUCAAACCGGCUAGCAGCACCAAGCUUUAAAAUACUUUAUUUCCCUACAACUCGAGUUUCUAAAUUAAAAAAAAAUCUACUAUGUAAUUGCCAAAGUCCUGAUUAUAGUUUGUGUUUCAUUAUGUUGACUGUCUCAUUUGUUUUUUUAGGCUUGUACUGUAAUUAUAUUGUUACCAAACUGUUUCAGUGUUCAACUGUGUAUGUUUAUGAUAGAGAAAAAUGUGCUAUCUUUGCUAAAAAGUUUAAAAAGAGUCCUCUUACAAAAUAUAUUGGAAUGCCAGAUAAAGAGUAUAUUUGAAUGUGUCCAUAUGGAAGCCAGUAAAUGGUAUUAUUGUAUGUUAAGUAACUUGAAUGACUUUUAAUAACUUAAAUGUUUGCAACUUAUAGUUGACAUACUGGUAUAAUGAAUGUUUCUAUGGUAUUCUUUGUAUUGUCAGGACUGACUUAACUGUUUAGAGAUUUAUAUUUUCAUAAAUGUUGUACUUACAUUUUGUUACAGAGUUGUUUAACUGGAAUUCAAACAGAAAAGCAACGUAUGUCUGAAGCAAUAUGAAACUAGUGUGUAUGCGUUGUUUGUAUGAAACAUUUUAAUGUAAUAAAAUGGUUCACUUUUUGCCUCCGCUG